UUUAAACAGUGGAGGUGACAAAUCCUAUAUUUGGGCUGAGCUAUGAUUUACAACUUACAGUUUGAAGAUGCUUCAGAUCUCAAAGCUUUACCGAGAAGUCUUAUGACUGCAAUGCAACAACGGUCUAAAGGACAGUGUGCGGACCUGAAGGGAAUUAUUCAUCACUAUCUGGUCCUGGAUGUUCUUCAGCUUUAGUCAUGGCUUACCUGGCCCAGUCAACCCAUUGCCAGUUCUUGGGUCUGGUGCUUGGGUUUGUAGGCUGGAUUCUUAUAGCAUCAAUUUCUGGGGUGAACGACUGGAGGAUAUGGUAUGUGGAUGAUCAGUCUGUCAUCACCGGAGGACUGGCCUGGGUGGGCGUAUGGAGGGUCUGUUUCAACACCCACAUUUUGGAUUCAGCUGAGUUCUGCAAAAGCAUCAGCCUUACAGAUUCAUUCACACCUCCAGAGAUAGCAGCCGCCCAGGUACUUUGCAUGACCGCCACUGGUGUGGGGGUGGCCGCAAACCUGGUGGCUGGAUAUGCUGUUAGAAAUGGAUUCAUUGGGGUUCACAGUGGGCAUGUCAGACUGACCUUUGUGAUGGCAGGUAUCUUGUACUGGCUAACUGCGGCAUGCUCACUUGUCCCUGUGCUCUGGAAUAUGACUUCUGUAUUAUCAAAUCUGACUAUAGACUUCCCUUUAGACUUCUACAUGCCUCCUGCCCCACUAAGACAGGAAGUGGGUCCAGGGAUUGGGAUCGGAAUUGGCUCAUCUCUAUUGCUUAUAAUAAGUGGACUUCUCUUCCUGUGCUAUACGCAUCCCAUCAAAACUAAAAUGUCUAAGAGUAGGGCAAUGAAACAUUUAGGUAAUGUAAAUCUCAAGGCUGAUGACUUUCCUGAUGCAAUCAAAGAGAGUAAGCAUGAGGGGAUUAUCAACCCAGCCUUUGAGGCAGAGGAGAACCUUUAAUGAUAAUGUAUAAUUAUUCUAAGCUCUAAAAACAAAUCCUUCAGUAACUUUGAUGAAUUCUUGCCGUUAAGAGCGUAGAAUCAGCCUGAAUAUCUAAACAAUUUAUACAACAGAAAUUCCCAGUCCUAUAAAUUGAUUAGGCAAGCAGCAUACCAAGAGUCCUAUUAUUUUGUAUAACAGCACUGGUAAGUUUCACUUUUUGUAACACUCCAAUUUCUCAAAGUCUGUAUUUGCUUCAUAGAAUUGCAAUUAUUUGGAUUUGUAAUUUAUUUAUUUUUUUCAUUUUUUUUUUUUUUCAACUAUUUUCAUUGCCGUAGCAAAGCUGAAUAAAAUAAC